AUGAACUACCUGUAUUCACAGGAGAGCCCGUGGAAUGGUGUCGAGGGGUGCUCUGCAGGGUUCUUUGUACCGGGGACACCCUCAUUUCUGACAUACAAUGGAAACAUUAUUAAACUCUGGAAAUACAGCUCUGGCUUGGUUUUGGUGAAGGAAGACAUACUGCUUGAAAAAGUCUGCCAGGUAGAAAAGUAUAGAAUAUCUCCCAAUGAAGAUGGGCUGGCUUUCUUAUUCCACAAGGCUAAGGUUUCCCUUGCCAGGUUUAAUCCUCAAAAAAACGAGUUUAGAACGAUAUCUCUGAAGUUUUUUGAGAAGGAUGAAUUUGACAUUAAGGAUGAGGACAUAAGAAGGAUCAAGAUAAGUGGAGAUCUAGGAAUGCUACAGAUGAGCAAGCGACACUUCAGCAUCUUUCCCUUGUUUCCCGGGACGUUCAACGCAAGGGUAUUCAAGUUUGUAGACAUUGAUGGAAAGAUCAAAAAUCCUGUGGACUUUACUUUUCUGGAAAACUAUUCCAUGCCCACUGUAUGCCUAGUGUACGACUCAUUGCCAAGGAAGUAUACUGUUGUGAAGAGUUGCAAUGCCAUGGUGUUUUCAAUUGAUCUGAAUGCUGGGAAAUUCCAUGUCAUUGAUGAAUUUCUUGUUCCUCCAAGAACCUUCAGGGUGGGAUGUGCGGGAUCAGUUCUUGUAUUCAUGUCACACAAUUCGAUACUAAUAAGAUCGACGAGCAGCUCUUAUUCCAUUCCUCUGAAUAGGAUGUCUGAGGCAAGCGAAGGAAAGAAAGCAGUUAAUGAUAUAGUUCUUUCCGAUGUGAACUUCUUCUCGAGGGGAAACACCUUCCUGAUAUUCAAUGGGAAUGGAGAUAUAUAUAGACUGGUGAUAUCGAUGGACAUAAAAAGAAUUAUAGGUGCAUCACUUGAAUUUGAAGCAAGAGAUUCUGUAGCCAGUUGUGUAGGGCAUGUGAACAACCUUCUGUUUGUUGGGUCUGUGGGAGAUAGCUCGAAGGUGUUUGAGAUAGAGAGGCUUCAAAUGAAACCUAAGGUGGGCGAGGCUGAGAAAGUAGACGUUCCCGAAGAAUAUGCAAAUCUGUUUGGAAGUAAAGACCAGGAUGCUCAAAAGCAGGACGAAGAGUAUGCUAGGCUUUUUAGUGAAGGAUCGGAGUCAAGGGCUGAGGAAAGCUUCGUGCUCCACCGGGUUGAUGAAAUUCCAAAUAUCGGGUUUUUGAAUGGAGUGGGAAUGAAGAAUGACAACGAAGUUGCAUUUGGCACCGAAGGGCUGGAGCCGUGUGUUCGUCUUGUGAGCAAUACUAUGCCGCUUGAGAUAGUGAAGUCCCAGAAAACGAAAAGAUAUCUAUACUGUUCGAAGGCUUUAGAUUUCUAUAUUCUGGGAAGGAUUUCGGAGACGAGGGUCUUCAGUUGGUCCAAAGAAGAUCUUUUGGAAGUUGACGGCGAGUAUGGCAAAGAUGUAGACACACUGCUUUUUGUGGAGUUUGGAGAUGGGAUAAUUCAGGUCACACCUACAUACUGCCUAUCAAUGGAUCAGAAUCUUGGGGCUCUCAACAAAUUGAAUUUCCCUGACAAAGCAAUUGAAGCUCAGAUAAUUUGUGACGGAAUGUUCCUCGCUGUGAAAGAUAUAAAGAAAAAGCUUAGUUUUUAUGAUGGGAAUAUGAGCGUCGUUUCAAGCAUACCUGAUGUUACAUGCUUUGGAGGCGCAAGGAACAAGGUUUUUGUCCUUUCGGGGCAUCUUUUGAAUGUCUUUGAUAUAAAUAGCAGAAUGAAUCAGUUUUCGCCCUGCUCUGUUAAGGAUCUUCCAUAUUCCAUAAGGCUUUCUCCAGAGACUUCCAUGGCCGAAGGAUUGGAUGAGAAGGAAGAAGGGGAUGACAUUAUAGAAAUGUGCAUGUCUUUAACAAGCAAUAAGAUUCUCAUGCUGCUUAGGCUGAAAAUAGGAUAUGUAGUUGCAUAUGAGUCUUUUGACCUAUCUGGGCUGUUUGAUGAGACUUUACGGCAGGAGAUUGUAUUUUUCAAGAUCAAUCUUCCAAGGUAUAUUGCCUUCAAUCCCACAGCAGAAGCCAGAGCAUUUUACAAUCUAGGGGGAAUGGCAUUCAUCAGAGCUACAACCAACAUGUUUAUAGUUCCAAGCGACAAGGGGCAUUUUCUAUACAAGAGCCGAUACACUUUGAAUUCCGUGGCUAUGAGCAAAGACCAGUUGAUACAGCUUUCCAGAGGGCAUCUGAUGGUCUGCAGAGUGCCUGCUGUUGGAGACAGCCAAUAUGUUUUCGGGAAUGGACUUAUUGGGAAAAGGGUUCCUGUCUUCAGGAUUCCAAAGCACAUUGAGUAUGCAGAUAGGUAUAUGGUUGUAGCAUCGUGUGAGGAGGUUGAAGUCUCUUCGAAUAAUGAAAAAGACUGCGGGAUUCCUGUGAAUACUUACCGGUUCUAUGUGGACCUAUACUCUGAAAAUCAUGAGCACAUAGAUACAUAUGAACUCGAAGAGAAUGAAUAUGUUUUCGACGUCAAGUACCUUAUUCUAGAUGACAUGCAAGGAAAUUACGGAAAGUCUCCUUUCCUGCUCAUUUGUACAACCUUCAUUGAAGGGGAGGAUAAGCCUGCAAAGGGCCGGCUCCAUGUACUGGAAAUAAUUUCGGUUGUCCCGUCGCCGGAAAGCCCCUUCAAGGAUUGCAAGCUUAAGGUGCUAGGAAUUGAGAAGACCAAGGGAUCGAUUGUGCAAUGCUCGGAGAUUCGGGGUAAGAUUGCAUUAUGCUUGGGAACAAAGAUAAUGAUAUAUAAAAUCGACAGGAGUAACGGAAUAAUACCCAUAGGCUUCUAUGACCUGCAUAUCUUCACAUCCUCCAUAUCUGUCGUGAAAAACUACAUUCUUGCUUCAGACAUCUAUAGAGGGCUGUCGUUCUUCUUCUUCCAGUCCAAACCUAUCAGGCUCCACCUAAUAAGCUCUAGUGAACCUCUCAAGAACGUGACGUCCACGGAGCUUCUCAUUGCAGGCAACGAGCUUUCAAUGGUGUGCUGCGAUUCCAAGGGAACGAUCCAUGCAUAUACAUAUUCGCCAAACAACAUCAUAAGUAUGGAUGGAGCAAAGCUUGUCAAAAGAGCAGAGAUGAAGACUAACCUAGGAAGGUUGUUUUCCUCCGGGAUAGGAUUUAGAAAGAAUAGCAUUAUGUUCUAUUCAAAGACUAACUUAUCAAUACACUUGGCCGGAAUAGACGAUUUGAACUAUCCUAAGCUUCUGGAAAUACAGACAUCAAUCAUGGUGCAUCUCAAGAGUGUGCUUGGAUUGAACCAAAGGGACUAUCUGAAUUCUGACAUCCAUCUGCAUAGCCUGUCGUUGAAGAGUCCUAUAGUUAUGCACAUCCUGAAUCUGUUUAGUUAUUUCGAUCUCAAUACUCAGAAACUAAUCUCCUCCUCUGUUAGAAUGAGCAGAAGAGAAAUACUGGAUGUGAUAGCAUCUCUGAAUGUGUUCUAG